AUGGCCGACCCAAUGACAGCGCGUAGAACCACAUAUACAUCCAAUGAUGUCGACAUUCCUAAGGAUUUCCUUCGAGGGCCCUCGGAGAAGCCCAUAACUCUCACGCACGUCCCGUUUGGCUCUUCCCCUGUACCAGAAUACGAUGGCUCUUUCGCCGUUGUUCUCGACAAUGUUCUUUCCUUAGCCGAGUGCAAGGAGCUGAUUCACCUAGCUGAACAAUCAGCUCAGGUCGCGGGUGGCAGUGAGUUGGCGAAUCAAAACCCUUGGCGACCUGCCAUGGUGUCCAUCGCGCCGGGAAUUGAGGCACCUGCGCCGGGAUAUCGAGAGAGCGACCGGAUCAUUUGGGACAGCCAGACGGUUACAGACCUCAUCUGGGGUCGAUGCUGCCAAGUGGAAGGACUCAAGGAGAAGCUGGCCGUGGUAGAGCGCACAAAAGAGGACAGAUCGGAGGGGCGAGCACCUGGUAGAUGGGUUUUCAGCCGGAUUAACAACAGGAUGAGAUUUCUGCGGUACUCUCCUGGUCAUUACUUCAAACCGCACUGUGAUGGGGCAUAUUGGUAUGACGAAGGUACCAAGGAAUUUCAAACGCGGUACACGGUGCAUCUAUACCUUAACGACUCGGCCAAAGUAUCAGCGGACAGCGAUCUUGAGGGCGGCGCGACUGGGUUUCUGUCCUGGGAUGAUCAGCGUCGGAUUGAUGUUAACCCGAAGGCGGGGAGCGUGCUGAUCUUCCAGCACGAAGGUCUUUAUCAUGAGGGGGCACGAGUAACAAAAGGGCAGAAAUUUACCCUCAGGACAGACUUGGUAUAUGAGUGGGAGGAUGCUCGGGAUUACACCCAGGACGAGUGA